AUGCAAGCCUUUGAAUCCCUUCAUCUCGCCGUCUCCUCUGAUACAAACUCAAUCGAGGACAUCGGUACAGACCGAAUGAAGGAGUUACAGAACGCGGUUCUGGGUAUCACGCAGGGGUACAAAGAGGUCAUCCGGCACGUAGCCGCUCUGAAGGAGGUCAAUGAGAAGAUCGCAAAGGAAGAAUUAGACGGCAUAGGUAUUUUGGACGAUUUAUUAAAUGCCGUUUCCAAAGACGCAGAUGAUGUCGAGAACAAGAUGAAGGCGGAGAAAUUUGAGGAAGGCACCAUGAAGAAGGAUGUCAAGUUGCAGACGGUGUUGGUGCUGAACGAAGAUUCCGAGGGCCACCCCACAGAAGAUGACGAGGAGGACGGAGAUACCGCUGAGAUGAAGGUGCAAUCCAAAUCACGAGACAGUGGGACACCCUACCAUUUAAUCGACCCAGACAAUAACGAAUACGUAUUGGCCAGAGCGCACGACGCCACCACCCACUACGAAGACCAUAGACUGUUAUUAGACAUGGUGGUUCUAAUUAUAGCUGUCUUUAUAGGCAUACUGCUGUGCACUGUUUUGGGGAUGCCCACAUUCUUCGGAUCCAUGGCGGCUGGAGUGGUCGUGGGACCGGUUGGAAUGAACUACAUAAACAGUCAUGUACAGCUCAAUACUGUGGGGCAACUGGGGAUAUUCUUUAUUCUGUUUAUACUGGGCAUGGAGUUCAACCUGGACCAGCUGAGACAGACCUUCAAGACAAGUGUCUACGGCAGUCUGCUGAUGGGACUGUUCGUGUUUGUAACCAUCACCGUCAUGGCCACAUGGGUCGGGCAGUCAUUCUCCACCAGUAUCAUCCUGUCCUGUUGUGUGUCUCUGGCCUCGACCGCAGUUACUCUCAAGCUGCUCAGUCCACAGGAGACGGAAACGACCUACGGCCGUACCAUGAUUGGUAUUCUGGUCAUGCAGGAUGUCUACUUUGGCCUGUGCCUGACUCUGCUGCCGUUGUUGGAGGGUGACAUGAGUGGGUCUCGGGCCGUUUGGGCGUUCUGCACCGUGGUCAAGGAUAUGACCAUAUUCAGCAUAGUCAACAUGCUCAUCUCACACUUAGUCAUGGACCGGUUUCUGUGGCUGAUACGCGCUACCAAAAGCGCCGAAGUGCAUCUCCUGGGCCUGCUGUUCCUGUGCAUGGCGGAUGUACUCUUCGCUGAAUAUAUGAAGCUGAGUCUAGAGAUUGGCUGCUUUACGGCUGGUUUGCUCAUAUCGUCGUCGUCGGUCAACAGGAAUACUGCCAACAGCCAUGAAAUCCUACACCUAGUUGAACCGGUGAGGGACCUUUUUGCGAGCAUGUUCUUUGGAACGAUAGGACUGCAUGUAUAUCCCUCUUUUAUGGUCGCGCAAUGGAAGGUGCUAGUGGCGAUGACGAUAGGUUGCAUGAGUAUCAAAUUCUUGAGUGGGUUCUUUGUACUGCACCGUGUGUUCCAUCAACUUGCUCGACCGGCAGCUUUGGCAUCUCUGGGUCUUUCGCAAAUCUCCGAAUUUGCAUUUAUUCUGGCCAGUCGUGGUAAGACACUCAAGAUCAUCAGUCGAGAAGUCUACUUCCUGAUUUUAGGGACCACUACUUUGACGCUGCUGUUUGUUCCGCUUCUUUUUGGUGCUCUACGGAAGGCAACAAUGGGUGGCCGGCCGAACUACACGCCGGUUAUUUUCAAUGCCUCGUCCACAGAUUCGUCUCCGCACGGCAGUGACUUCCUAUCACCCCGGAGAGAGUCUGUAGUACGCGAUGGAACCGGCCACGGCGGCUCCUCGCCACAGAUACGGAAACAGGGCAAGAACCUGCACGUGUUCUAGGUAGAGAAUGCUCAUAGACACAAACAACCUUGUUCGUAGAUGAUUGAGAUACAUCUACACCGAUACACAACUAGGGCGAGAACUUACACGUGUUUGAAAUAGAGAUACGUAUAGAAACAACCAAACCAGUAGGCCCCUAAUUAGCUUGUGUUAUAUCUCCACAUAUACAAAACUAG